UUUUUGUUUUUAGCUCAGGUCCCCGACGAUGAACAGUUUGUCCCAGAUUUCCAGUCCGACAACUUGGUCCUGCACGCCCCACCUCCGGCCAAGAUCAAGCGGGAACUGCACAGCCCUUCCUCCGAGCUGUCAUCCUGUAGCCACGAGCAGGCUCUCUGCGCUAACUAUGGAGACAAGUGCCUCUACAACUGCUGCCCCCCGCCGGCCCCGGCCGUGCAGGCUGCUGCCCAUGCGGCCCCGGCCACCCCACUCCGGGGGGCUCCUCCAGCCCCUCACCCUCUUCAGGAACAGAGGCAGCAAACCUUUGCCGUGCCACGGCCACCUCACCCACCCAUGCACAUGCCAAAGAUGAUGUCCGAAAACCAAUACCCCGCAGAGCACAGAGCUCAUCCUUAUUCGGCAGUUUCAUUUCUGCUGCCCAACCAAGCACGCAAAGUGAAGCAGGAGCCCACCAUGUACCGCGAGGGCCCCCCGUACCAGCGCCGCGGGUCCCUGCAGCUCUGGCAGUUCCUCGUCACGCUCCUGGACGACCCCGCCAACGCCCACUUCAUCGCCUGGACGGGCCGGGGCAUGGAGUUCAAGCUGAUCGAGCCCGAGGAGGUAGCACGACGCUGGGGGAUCCAGAAGAACCGACCCGCCAUGAACUACGAUAAGCUCAGCCGGUCUCUGCGCUACUACUACGAGAAGGGCAUCAUGCAGAAGGUGGCCGGCGAGCGGUACGUGUAUAAGUUUGUCUGCGACCCCGACGCCCUCUUUUCUAUGGCCUACCCCGACAAUCAGCGCCCGUUCCUGAAAGCGGAGCCCGACUGCCACGUGAACGAAGACGAAACCUUGCCUCUGACGCACUUCGAGGACAGCCCGGCUUACCUCCUGGAGGUGGAUCACUGCGGCAGCCUUCCCUACGCCGAAGGUUUUGCUUACUGACUUUGCCAGCCCGCAGAGCAACUAGCGCUAGCAAAUGCAGUUUGGGCAAAGGAGGGCAACGAUUUUAUAGAGAAUAUUUUUUGCUGUUCCUAUUAAAAACGAAAACAAAAAAAGUACAAACAAAACACACAAACUGGCCUUUAAGCGCAAUUGGAGGAAUCUAAAACACGUGGUGCGCGUCACCAUCACGUUCCCGACCUUGCUGUCCCAGGGCUAGUGCAUAGGAUGGCCCGUGGCUGACGCCUCCUGCCAAACAUCAGCGAGAUGUUUUAGGGAGAUGGGGGCUAAACCCGAAGUCUCUGAUCCAGGCCGCGCUUCUCGUGAGCGCGAGACGGCCGCUGGCUCCAGCCGUGCCCGCGGGACUGGCUGG